AUCUACGAAUCUGCCAGGACCUAUGGGCAGACACAUCAGUUGGAGUUGAAUUGGCGAUCAGAUCGCUUACAGGGAGAUUCUGCGGGCCAGGACAAAAAGAGACGGGAUUUGGAGGCGAUCGGAAGCGAGUUUUUGUAUCCUGUCAUUUUGCCUUUUUCCGCGUUCUGAGUUCGUGAAGAUCUCUUCUGAGGAGAUGGCCUUUCCUCAGCUAGGGUACCCUCAGUAUUUAAGUGCGAGCCAGGCUGUGUACGCUGCCGAUCGGCAGGGAGUGCUGGCUUCUUCGCGAGGAGGAGCCGAGCUUGGGGCUAACCCCGCCGCCGCUGCUGCUGUAACCUCGGUGUUGGGAAUGUACGCAAACCCUUACACAGCCCAGAACUACAGCGCUUUCCUCCCCUACACCACCGAUCUCACCAUGUUCUCCCAAAUGGGCUCGCAGUAUGAACUAAAGGAUAAUCCUGGGGUUCACCCGGCCACGUUUGCAGCACAUGCGGCUCCAGCUUAUUAUCCCUAUGGGCAAUUUCAGUACGGAGACCCGGCCAGACCCAAAAACGCAACCCGGGAGAGCACAAGUACUCUCAAAGCCUGGCUUAACGAGCACAGGAAGAACCCGUACCCGACCAAAGGAGAGAAGAUCAUGCUGGCCAUCAUCACCAAGAUGACCCUGACCCAGGUCUCCACCUGGUUCGCCAACGCCAGGAGGAGACUCAAGAAAGAGAAUAAAAUGACCUGGGGUGCCCGGAGUAAAGGAGACGACGGUACUCUGUACGGCAGCGAUACAGAAGGGGAGAACGAGAAAAAAGAGGAGGAUGAGGAGAUUGACCUGGAAAGCAUCGACAUCGACAAAAUUGACGAAAACGACGAGGAGCAAAGUAAUGAAGAAGAGGAGGAAAAGCUGAACCUCAGUAAUGAGGGGGAGAAAGCGGAUAUGGAGAGAGAGCGCGAUCGGACAUUGCAGGGACCUGAAGGUGAUAGUAAAGCAAAGGAGACGGACAGAGUGGAUGCAAGUGUUGCUGAAAGCACUGGCACCAGGGGGAUAUCUCUAGGGCAGGGUAAUUUGCUAAUCCCUAAUCAUAGCAACCCCAAAAUCUGGUCUUUGGCAGAGACUGCGACCAGCCCGGACAGUGCCCAGAAAUCUUCUCCAACCGGUCAGACGCCGUCGACCAUCCAGCACCCAGCUUUCCUCUCAAACCACGGACUCUAUACUUGUCAAAUCAGCAAGUUUCAUAACUGGACAAACGGCGCUUUCCUGGGCCAGAACUCUUUGCUAAAUGUCAGGUCGUUUCUGGGUGUAAAUCAUCAUCACCAUCAUCAUCAUCCACAACAUCCUCAGCAGCAACAGCCUUCUGUGCUAACAGCAGCCCUGGGAGCAGUGAGCAAUGAAAAAUCAACAGACAUCCCCAGCCCAAAACACACAGAAAGAGAAUGUAUUCCAGGAGAAACUCCAUCACAGCAGCUAAAAAUAUCAUUUCAGCCCGUAAAUGAAAGCUCACGGCCUCAGCAGGAAGGAACACGAGUUUUAACAGCAAUCUCUUCCGUCUGAGAGUUUUACUGAAAAAUAUGACAUGAAAGAAGAAAAUUUAAAAAAAAAAGAAAAU